GCUACUUCUGUUACGAAAACACGCUUCGGAGAGUAAAUACUAAAGUUGUGUCUCAAAUGACGUACUAUACACUUACACUAAAAUUAAAGCGGAAGCUUUCUGACAUAAUUGUGAAAAGGGUCUAUUAUGCAUAGGGUAUAUUCAGAGUGUGUGCUAGUGAUGGGAUGUCCGGAUGAUUUUACUGACUCGGAUCUUUGAAUCUCGGUCAGCAAAAUGAAUGGAUCUUUUUCGCGUCAUUUCGUUCAGUUCAGCAGAAUAUAAUUAAAAUAUUACGUUAAAUUCCCCAACACAUCUAGUACUUACGCAAACAUUGAUCACAUUUGGACUAAAAAAUAAACUAUAGGCUAAUGGAACCAAAGCCAAAUUAUAAGAAAGAGAACUGAAUAAUUAAUUGCUUAACUGGGUCUUCAGGCUAUGCAGUCUGUUAGUUCACCUCACCUCAUGAUCAGAGUCGUUCUUUCUUUUGUCACCUCACAUUUGUCACAUCUGUUCCCCGUUAACAGAAAAGAUUAGAUUCGAGUUCGUCAUUCGUUCAUCCCGUGACAUCACCUACAUAUACAAACUGUUAGCGCUCUCACAUAUCUUCCCUGGUGGUCUAGUGGUUAGGAUUCGGCGCUCUCACCGCCGCGGCCCGGGUUCGAUUCCCGGUCAGGGAACAAACAUUUUUCCAUCUUCGUGCUGGAUAUCAGUUACGUUUUUGAAUAUUCCUGGUGGGACGCUGUAACAAUUUCCAUAAGGAAGUAUAACAACCCACGCAUUCUGCGUAACUGAACAUCACACAACGCACUGAAUAUCGGCACUGUUUCCCUGUGCACACAGACAAGUACACUCCAUGUGAAGUCAGGCAAAUGGAGGGCAUUUAUGUGACAAUCCGAACAUCAUUAGCCCCUCUCUCGGGAUCAUACAACAUUCUGUGGGUCUCUCUGAUCGGUUCUCAAUGUGAGUGUCCACCAGUUAGGCCUUUUACAGACGCACAGUGUCUCCUUCCUGGCUCGAAUUGCACUGUUCUGGUCAAGCCUGAUGAGGAAAUAGGCACCGUGGUUCUGGUGCGUUUGCGGCUUGAAGCUCGGUCCGGCUUCCCCAAUCUCGACUGGCACUGUCUAGACGUGCAGCUGAAACGGAGCUCUGAUGCUACAGAAGUAGAGUGCUUCCCCUGCAACAGGUGGAUCAAAACUGCAGAUGGUGAUGUGGAGCUCCGCAGCAAUAGAGUGUGCCUGCUGAAAUGCGAGUCACUGCAGAUACUUCGAGAGCACAGGGCCAGGGAACUCCAGAAUAAGCAAAAACAUAUCAGAUGGAGGACUUUUGUUGAAGGUGGCCUUCGUUGCAUUGACAUGUCCAGUGAUCAGGCCCUGGGUCCCAACUUGGGUUUCACCCGACAAAGCCAAGGUGUCAAUGUGCACUACCUUAGGGGUUUUACUGAUAGAGCUGAACCAUGGAAUAGCAUGAAGGAACUGGAGAUGCUAUUCAUCCACAAUGGAAAAGAUAACACAGUUGCCAAGUAUGUUCAGGCUCAUUGGAAAGAAGAUACAUUUUUUGGUUAUCAGUGUCUGAAUGGAUGUAAUCCUCUAAUCAUCAGACAGAUCCACUGCCUCCCACCUAAUCUAGCUGUCACAUCUGAGAUGCUCAAGGAUUUCCUGCCAGAGCGGUCUUCUCUAGAGCAGGAGUUAGAGAGAGGAACUAUAUUUCUCCUGGACUAUGAGGUACUUGAUCAGCUACCUGCUAAUGUUAUCAAUGGCAGGCAAACAUACCUGGCUGCUCCACUGUGCCUCCUGCAUUACAACCAACAUGGAGAGCUGAAACCUAUUGCUAUCCAGCUUCAGAAAACCGCUGGUCCUCAAAAUCCUGUCUUCCUGCCAUCUGACUCCGCACCUGACUGGCUGUUAGCAAAGAUAUGGGUCCGUAACGCAGAUUUCCAGGUUCACCAGCUCCUCUCCCACUUCCUUUGCACUCACUUGAUAGGAGAGGUGUGCUGCAUCGCCACGCUUCGGAAACUGCCAGAGAUACACCCUCUGCAUCAGCUUCUGAUGCCCCAUUUAAAGAAUUCUCUUCAGAUCAAUAUCCAGGCUCGAGCUUCUCUUCUAGGUCCUAAUGGUGUUUUUGAUAAGGCUAUAGGCUGUGGCAUUAAGGCAUUGCCUCUUAUGCUUGCUCGAGGCACUGACCGACUACGCUACACUUCACUGUGUGUCCCAGAUGACCUGAAAGAACGAGGACUGGACAAGCUGCCCAACUGUUACUAUGCACAGGAUGCUCUGAGGGUGUGGAACGUACUUCAGAGGUUUGUGGCAGGCUGGGUGGAAUUGUAUUACCAUGAUGACCAGGAGGUCCAGUUCGACUCAGAACUCCAGAGCUGGAUCCAAGAGAUUCACAUUGAGGGAUUUCUUGGUCUUACACAUACAGGUUUUCCACAGUCAUUUCAGACCACAGCAGAACUGAGCAAGUACAUCACCAUGGUGAUCUUCACAUGUUCAGCACUACAUUCAGCUGUCAACUUUUCUCAGGUAGACUUCAAUUUAUGGCUGCCGAACUCCCCGGCUUCCAUGUCACGGCCCCCUCCUCAGGUGAAAGGCUCAGUGACAGAAGAAGAUCUUUUGUCGUUCCUCCCUGAUGUUAACAGCACUUGCAGUGUGCUCAUUGUGCUGUCCCUGCUGUCAAAGCCUGCUCUUGACUAUGUGCCCUUGUGCCAGUACCGUGAGUGGUACUUCAGCAGCGGUGCCCCUCACAAGCUUGUCGAAAUGGUACAGCAAGACCUGAGGGCCAUCGCUCAUGACAUCCUCAAGAGGAACAGCAAACUGGAGCUAGCUUACCCCUACCUCUGCCCAGAUAAUAUUGAAAACAAUGUGGCUAUCUAAAAGAUUCAAUCACCAUCAUUCAGUACCUAAACAAAUUGAAUCACACAAACAGCAUAAUUAGAUUAUGCUGCUGUUUUAAAUUUCUUACAAUAGAUCUUUUGAAGGUUUAGUAUAUAGUUUGAAAACUAAUUAAAGUUUUUCCACAGCUGCAUGAGUCUUGUUAAUUCUGUUUCAAUUCACAUAGAUACACCAAACAGCCAUAACAUUAAAACCACAGGUGAAGUGAAUGACACCGAUUAUCUCAUUACAGUGGCAGCUGUCAAGGGGUGGGAUUUAUUAGGCAGUAAAUGAGCAGUCAGUUCUCAAAGUUGAUGUGUUGGAAGCAGGAGAAAUGGGCAAGCAUAAGGAUCUGAGCGACUUUCAAUGGUUAGACGACUGGGUCAGAACAUCUCCAAAACGGCAGGUCUUGUGGGGUGUUCCCGGUAUGCAGUGAUUAGUACAUACCAAAAGUGGUUGAAGGAAGGACAAUCGGUGAACCGGCAAUAGGGGACAUGUGUGUCGCUUUCCUGGGGAAAAGAUGGCACCAGGAUGUACUAUGGGAAGAAGGCAAGCUGGCGGAGGCAGUGUGAUGGUCUGGGCAAUGUUCUUCUGGGAAAUCUUGGGUCCUGGCAUUCAUGUGGAUGUUACUUUGACCCAUACCACCUACCUAAACAUUGUUGCAGAUGAAGUACACCCCUUUCAUGGCAACGGUAUUCCCUAAUGGCAGUGGCCUCUUUCACCAGGAUAAUGAGCCCUGCUACACUGCAAAAAAUGUUCAGGAAUGGUUUGAGGGACAUGACAAAUAGUUCAAGAUGUUGGCAUCCAAAUUCCCCAGAUCUCAAUCCGAUCGAGCAUCUGUGGGAUGUUCUGGACAAACAAGUCCGAACCAUAGAGGCCCCACCGCAACUUAAAGGUUCUGCUGCUAACAUAUAGAUAUAACAGAUAUCACAGCACACCUUCAGAGGUCCUGUGAAGUCCAUGCCUUGAAGGGUCAGGGCUGUUUUGGUGGCACAAGAGGGACCUACACAAUAUUAGGCAGGUGGUUUUAAUGUUAUGGCUGAUCAGUGUAUGUAUCUACAUUGAUUGGUAGUGAAAAAACAAAACAAAAUAACAUUAUAUAUAUUUGUAGCAUAUAUUUAUUGUUUCAAUAUAACACACAAGAGAACACAUAACAGGUAGAUGUGCUCAGUGUUUUGUGGAUGUCACUGUAAGACACAAGGUAUCAUCAAAAAAGAAGUCGAGAGGUUAUCAUCAAAUUAUUCAUUGAAAUCUACUCCACCACCUCUUUUGAAAUUACGCAUGCCUUAUGACCUAUGAGAUCUAAAUUCUAGGCUGGAGAAAUCUAAAAAAUAUCCUGAAAUUUAAUGAUAAUAUCUGGAUGUCAUGUCUACACUGGAAUCAGCGCCCAACUACAAUUCCCAGAAUACAGCACAGCUUACAAACAUGGCCGCCAAGGACAACACCACCCAACAACCACAGACUGGCUGUGUCCGAAAUCGCAUACUGUCACAGCUUUGUCACAGCUUUGUCACUGCUUUUCAUCUACUGUGUAGCAGGGCAGUAUGGAUAUUCGGACCCAGCCUCUCUCACAGUCACAUUCACCUGAUUACUGAUCACACACCCCUGGACUUAAUUACCAUCACAGCUACACUCACAGUAUAAAAGGACUCUUACUCCAUGCACAGACUGUGGAGCAUAUGUGCUUAGUUUCAGGUUUUCUUCUUUGUUUUUGCCUGCCCUGGUUCAUAGUGUUUGUUCAUCACUGACCCUUGCCUGAACCUUGGCUCUGCCUUUGGAUUAGUCUCUGUGUUGUUUGUUACUUUUAAUAAAACAUUAAACUUGA